AUGAGGCUGAAGCUGUUGAACGGUGCUCCGUUUUGCGAGCAACUCGAGUUCAACAAUGACAUUCUUCUCGAUGUCGCUGAGUGCAACGAUUUCAAUGCAAGGUCAUGGCACGGCCAAUCGACAGCAGAAGAGGUUGCGUUGAAAUGGCGGGAGGUCGGUCUGAGAAACGCUCGCCUACAUACAGGGUGGUCGCAGCCUUAUCUUCCAGGGACUGGUCUACAAGGCGCUUACUCAUUCGCGAUACCAGGAGUCGAGGAAUCUCCUGCGUUACCUUGCCUCGACACGACGAACCUUGACACAACAUUAACGCUCGAUGAAGACCAAUUCGCGGCGGACGAUUACCUUCAGCACUCACUCAUUUUGCACGACACGCUCAUGUCCUCGCAAGUUAUCCAAAAUGUGACUGAGGACGACACCGUGAACUCUCCAUCAUUCAUGACAACGAGUUUUGGUACCACAGCAUCAGGAGCCAGCAGCCCCUCUCCGAUUGACAACCACGUCCUCUUGCUGCAGGUGCCAACCGCAAUGGUGGUCACGCCUCUCGGCUCGUUGCCAAGUGCACAGCAUUUGCGCUCUAUCUAUCCCCAGACACCCACACCGAACUUCCUCUGUGCGCUUAUGACUACCCCUGAGCGACGCGAAGUAUUCGUGCACAAGAGAGGCUACAGGAUGGACUUGUGGGAGAUCACUAUGGGGGACGACACACGCGCAAACUUCAAAGUGACAUUUUGGCUGCGUCCACCUCGAGAGUCGAAUAACGAACAGAACAAUGCACAGGUGCGGCUGCUGCACACUUUGGAGCGACUUCAAGUCGGCAACAUCCUUCUUCUGCGCAACGUAGCGCUCACGUCUUUCCGCGAUACCGUUUAUGGACAAUCACUGAAUAGUGCAAUCACUAGAGCCAGAACGUCAGUCGACGUGUUGGUAAAAGGCAGUGGGCUAUCGAUGGCGCAAGUCGGUGGGCUUCCGGCACCAGUAGUUAAGACUUUUAUGAGAGUGAAGAGGUGGGCAAGAUCGCAUGUGGCUGAAGACAUACAGCAUAUAAGGAAGAGAAAGGGUGGACCUUCGAGGCCUGGCCAUACGGCAAAGCGACCGUUCAUGGGUUCUGCGCGAAACGAGGACAUGCCACCAGACACCAUGGAGGAGACUUGA